AUGAUCUCCCGGCCCCGCUUCCUACGAUUGCUGCUUCUCCGGCGACAACUGCACCCACGCCCUCAAAUCCUAAUGAACCUCACUCAGCUCCAGCUCAACAUCCUCUCCGUCACUAAGACGGUGGCAAGGCAUUCGGCCUCCUCGUCGACCUCGCCUCCGACCGAUUCUCUACUCCAAUCCUCCUCCUCAUCGGCUCAAUCAAAGGCUUGA